AUGAGCAACAACAAGACAUACAAGGAUGCCUUCGCGCUAUUCGACAAGAAGGGGUCGGGCAAGAUCCCUGCCGAGCAUCUCGGCGACUUAUUGAGAGCGGUGGGGCAAAACCCUACCCUCGCCGAAGUCAGCGAAUUGCAAAGUGGCAUUGGCUCCGAAUUUGACUACGCCACCUACGAGAAGAUCAUCCAGAGACCCGACGGGUUCAAGCCGUUGGGGUUGCCGGAAGACUACAUCAAGGGGUUCCAGGUGUUCGACAAGGACAACACCGGCUACAUCGGUGUCGGUGAGUUGAGAUACAUUUUGACCUCGAUUGGCGAGAAGUUGAGCCAGUCGGAAGUCGACGAGUUGUUGAAGGGGGUCAACGUCACCGACGACGGCAACGUUGACUACGUGGAGUUCGUCAAGUCGAUCCUUGACCAGUAG